CAGAAUUUUCUCUUCCAACCAUUACCGCCAAACGCCAGCUCUCACCCUUUCUCUUUGUCUCUCAUAUACUCUCUGAUUCUCUCUCCCAAUCUCGCAAAUGGAGGCGCCAAUUCACUGCGCACCAGCUCCAUACGCUCUUUUCAAACUCGCCGGCGACGACGCUUCACCUGACUUUCCUCAGCCGGACGUCCAGAUUCUCACCUCCGCCGGCCUCCGCAUCCCGGCUCACGCCGCCGUUCUGGCCUCGGCGUCGCCGGUACUGGAGAGUGUUGUAGACUGUCCGCCCAAGCACCGUAGCUCCGGGAGGGUCAUUCCGAUCCUCGGCGUUCCUUGCGCCGCCGUCGCCGUCUUCAUCCGACUCCUCUACUCGUCAAGGUACGAAGAAGAUGAGCUGGGGAAGUUUGGGAUCCAUCUCUUGGCAUUGUCACACGUCUACUCUGUUCCCAAACUGAAGCAGCGAUGCGCCAAGGCAGUUGGUCAGAACCUGACCAUAGAUAACGUGGUGGAUGUGCUUCAACUGGCACGGCUAUGCGAUGCGCCUGACCUUUACAUCAAGUGCAUGAAGCUGGUUUCCACCAACUUCAAACCUGUGGAGCAAACAGAAGGGUGGCAGUUCAUGCAAGGCCACGAUCCCUGGCUCGAGCUCGACAUCCUGCAGUUCAUUGAUGAAGCUGAACUGAGGAAGAAGAAAGCUAGAAGGCACAGGGAAGAGCAGCGGUUGUACAUGGAGCUCGCGGAGGCAAUGGAUUGCCUAGAGCACAUAUGCACAGAAGGGUGCACAAGCGUUGGGCCGUAUGAUGUUGAGCCUAACAGAAAAAGCCUGCCUUGCAGCAAGUUCUCUACCUGUCGAGGGGUUCAGCUUUUGAUCAGGCACUUUGCUACCUGCAAGAAGCGGGUUAAUGGAGGGUGCUCCCGAUGUAAAAGGAUGUGGCAGCUCCUCAGACUUCAUGCUUCGAUAUGCGAGCAGCUUGAUCUUUGCAAAGUCCCUCUUUGCAGGCAAUUCAAACUGAGAAUGCAGCAAGAGAAGAAGGGCGACGAAACUCUAUGGAAGUUGCUAGUGAGGAAAGUGGUCUCUGCCAGGGUCAUGUCUACUUUAUCCCUUGCCAAGCGGAAAACGUGAGGACAGGCAUCUCAUCCAGCGCAUGUGGCGGCUGCCCCAAACGAAUUGGACCAAUUCAAGCCUGCAAAUUGUCUUGAGAGCUGCAAGUUUGGAUGAAAAUGUAGGAUAUAUUUCGUUUCUUCUUUUAUUUGUCUGAAGUAUAAAAUGGGCAUCGAAAGCUUGUUGUAAAAUGAGGUGGGUUGGGUUUUGUCUAGUUAUCAUCCUUUCCUUUUUUUUUUUGUUGGCUUGGCUUUGGCUACCCCUAUGCAGAGUAGGAAAUUGGUACGUAGAGAUGUGAAGAAAAUCAAGCAGAAGCUUUUCUGUGUUGUAUAUUAUCACAGUAGUGUACAUUCAUGAGCUGUUGUUGCUUGCUUCAUAUGCAAGCAUACUAGUUUCUCGACUGUAUUACUCAUUGGUCUGGAAGUCUAGAACUUGUGCCGAAAAAUCUCUUUAACUGAUAUCACGAUCUCGAAGAGCG